UGCCUGAGAGCUAACAUGCUGGGAUUGGCCAAGUCAGUGUUUCUGUUUCUUUCUGGGACUCUGUUCAUUCUGGGAAUGCUGGGGAAUGGUUUCAUUGCGGUGGUCAAUGUCAGGAGCUGGUUCAAGAGCAAGAGAAUCUCUUGGUCUGACUUCAUUAUUUCUGCUCUGGCUCUCUCCAGGAUUGUUCUGCUGUCGAUUCUCUUGGCUGACUCUGUAAUAGUGGUGUUCUUUGUCAUCGUCUAUAUUUAUGGUUCCUCUGGAGAUAUUAUUCAUGUUUUCUGGACAUUUACAAACCAUCUGAGCAUUUGGCUGGCCACCUGCCUUGGUGUCCUCUACUGUCUAAAAAUCGCCAGUUUCUCCCACCCCACGUUCCUCUGGCUCAAGUGGAGAGUGUCCAGGGUGGUCGUGUGGAUGCUGCUGGGUGCACUGCUCUUCUCCUGUGGCAGUGCUGUAUCUCUGAGUCCUCAGUUUCAGAUCUAUUUUCUUCUCCGCGAAACUGUUGGCACAGGCAAUGUGACUGAACACCUUAGAAAGCAAAUGGGUGAAUAUCAGCAGAUUUAUGUCCUUAACCUGCUGUGGUACACCCCUCCCCUAAUUCUGUGUCUGGCCUCCUACAUCCUGCUCAUCCUGUCCCUGGGGAGGCACAUGCAGCAGAUGCGGCAAAGCAGAAGCAGCCCCAGCGAUGCAAGCACUGAGGCCCACAGGAGGGCCAUCAGAAUUAUCCUCUCGUUCCUCUUUCUCUUCCUGUUUUAUUUUCUUGCCUUUUUAGUUACUUCAUCCAGUAAUUUCCUCCCAAGCAGGGAGAUGACUAAGUUCAUUGGACAACUAACCACAAUGCUUUAUCUUGCUGGCCACUCAUUCAUUCUCAUUCUGGGGAACAACAAGCUGAAGCAGACCUUUGUGGAGCUGCUCUGCUGUGAGUGUGGUCAUCUGAAGCCUGGAUCCAAAGGACCGCUUGCCCCAUAGACUGGCAGAGGGGACAGGCGGAGUCUCGAAUUCUUCAGCCUGGCUCAAGACUACAGAGCUCUUCCCGACCCUUCCAAGGCACCAGUCCUGUGACAUCAGUAGGAUAGAGACAGUACUGCUGACCUGACCCACCCAAGGACUCCCCACAUGGCCUCCUUUCUGUGGUUGUUUUGGAGAAGGUAGAACAGCCUUUGGAAAAUGUCAGUGUAGUAAGAACACCUUCAGUAUGUGGACAUGGAGUUGUAUUUCCACAAUUGUCAGCUCAGCAUAAUGAGCCG